UCCCAUGAUCCCAUCAAUGCCAGCGCUCCUUCUUCAAUCCCACAACUUGAGUGAGAAAAGCUAUUAUAAUCGGACCCUAUCUCCUCGGCCCGUGGGAUCCCCCUCCUCCGCCGCCCUCGGAUCAGCGCCACCGCGCCGGAAGACCGGGAUCGUGACGGGCACAUGGUGGCGGCGGCCGCGUUGCCAUGGGGAGGCGGCUCGCCGGCGUGGAUCGACGUGCCGGAGCGGAGCAAGAGUGCGUUCAUGGAGCUGAAGCGGAGGAAGGUGCACCGGUACGUGAUCUUCAAGAUCGACGACAGGAGGGAGGAGAUCGUCGUCGAGAAGACAGGCUCGCCGGGGGAGAGCUACGACGACUUCACGGCAUCGCUCCCGGCGGACGACUGCCGCUACGCCGUCUACGACCUGGAUUUCGUCAGCGACGACAACUGCAGGAAGAGCAAGAUUUUCUUCAUCUCCUGGUCUCCUACAGAUUCUCGCAUCCGUGCAAAGACCAUAUACGCGGUGUCAAGGAACCAAUUCCGCCAUGAGCUCGAUGGGGUGCACUUCGAGAUUCAAGCAACUGACCCUGACGACAUGGACCUGGAAGUUCUCAGGGGCCGUGCUAACAGGACCUGAUUGACCUCAACUUCUCUAGCCUGCUGCCUGGUAGCUUAGAAAUGCUUACCGGGCUACCGAGAUGCAGCUCGGGUGCACUGAUGUGAGGCAUGAUGUAGUAGAAUAGUAGACCGCUGAUCACACCCGAGCAUGCAAUGUUUCUCUUUUUUUCUUUCUUCUUUCUUCUUUGAGGUAGCACCUUCUGUCACUCUGUUAUGUUUUUCUAACUAGAUAAGUUCCCUCUAAUAUGAUGUGGAACCUUACAUCUAAUUAUAUAUGUAGUAUCUUUCUGCUGC